AAUUUCACCAUGAAAAAAUCAACCAUAGAAACAAAGGGGGUGAAGAAGUCUGUUCAGGUCAUUCAAGAAGCAACUGAUGAACCAGCAAAAAAGAAGAAGGAGGAGUAUGUAAGGCGGGAGGACUUACAUUCUUAUGCACAAGAGAUCCAAGCAGAUCUGCAAAAUCGCCAACAGUUUAAGGUCACAGAAAAUGUGAACGGCGAAGAAGUAGAUAUGACCCCGAAGUACAUACCUGAUGACCUCUACAGCCAGCAGUUUUUGGUCUUUAAUGACCGUCUAAAGGAUGAAGUGGAAAAUAUGGCUUUUGUGCAUGUAAAUUUGAGUCAGUCUCAGUCUAGAACCCGCGGAAGCAUGCGAGCUGGUGUGGGUGGUAAUAAGCAGUCUAUAGACGAUCUUAUGAAUGGCAUAAUGUACGAUACUAUUUUAUUUGAACCGCCAACUGAGGAUAAACCAAAAGAAGAAGCGGCGCUAGUGCCCUACACUAAAUCCUUUGUUAAAGUGACCCUGAAGAAGACCGAAUUUGUGGAGAUAUUCACACAAAAUAGCACAACCGUCCUGAAGGGUUCACCGGAAGCCGAUGAAGUUGAAAAGGACAACCGUCAAUACGAUUACCUGACCGUUGGCAAGGGAAAGGUUCGACGACGAUCAGACAACGACGCACAGACAAACGUCGUGCUUAUGACUUCUCGGGCAGUAAACACAAUAAUGAUCGAUAGUGCUACGGUUGGCUCUUAUGUUUCUAAUUUCGAGAUGUACGAUACAGUGCACAAUCUAGUAGGCAAACAUACCAUAACUACACUUAACCAGAGCUUGAUACGGUUGGACUCAGAGAUGCAAACAGAUCAAGCAUAUGACAACGAAGAAGAAGACGAAGAGAGAGAAAAGGCGAAGACCGUGGAGAAUCGCCUUUUUGACAGUACUAGCUUUAAGAACGCCAUUAUGUUUAUGGGACGUGCGAUUUCAAGUAACAUCCACGAGGCUGGCAUGAGACGUUUUCGAAAUUUUGAGUACAUCGAUCGGUGCUCCACUGAUGCCGAAUACAACUAUUCCAUGGAUUUGCUCUUCCGUUGCAUACCUUCGCCAAGUUUUGGUGAACGAAAAGCUGUCAGUGACAUUAGCUUCUGCCGCAGUAAUGGUGACAUUUUUGUAGUUGCCUAUGGCCUGUACUCUUUCUCCUCUCAGCACGUUCCCAAAUGUGGCGACGUGUUCGUUUGGAGCAUUAAGAAUCCUGGCGAACCGGAGAGAGCCUUUUACUAUAAAAUACCAGUGACGGCAGUACGCUUUUCACCAUUUCUCCCAUCAUUAAUAGCAAUUGGGAUGUACGAUGGUACCGUGGAGGUGCGUGAUGUGACUAAUCCAAGCGAUCCUCCUAUUGCCAUAUCGCAGCGCAGCACUUCGCCAGGCUGUUCUCCUGUGGUUUCCAUACGGUGGAUUAAACAGUCCGAGUCAGGGGAUGGGAGUGAAAUUGAUCCCUUCUUGAGCCUUUCACAGGACGGAUCAGUAACGCGCUUUCGUAUAAUCAAAAGCCCCUUUCUCCUGGGCUUCAAUCAGAUGACCUUAGAGCGCGUGGAGGGCGCACCGGAGGGUAUACAUGUUCCCAUAUCUCCUGUAAUGACUUGCGAGUCAAACAGACAUCCGCAAGGCUUAUAUGUUACCACACAUCCACUACACAAAGAUAUAUACUAUGUGCUCACAGAUGAGGGGUGUAUACAUAAGUGCUCCAUAAACUAUCAGCAUCAGUAUCUUGAAGUCCUAAAAUGUCACGAUGGUGGUGUUAAUGUAAUGGAGUUUUCUCCAUGGUCUCCCAAAUUGUUCCUCACAUGUGGAAACGAUUGGUAUGUGCGUAUUUGGUUAGAUGGGAUAACGCGGCCGCUUAUUGAGUUACAAGAUAAUUUUCAACCUGUGCAUUGGGCUAACUGGAGUCCAACUCAUUCGACCAUAAUUGUUGCCCUAAACCGUGAAACUGUACAAAUUUGGGACAUAAGGCGAAAUAUUUUAAAACCAAUGGCAGAACAUGAAAUGGACUCCUCCUUUAAUACAGUGGCACAAUUUUCCAACUGUGGACGUACAGUUGCAAUAGGAAACGAACGUGGAAAUGUUUUGUUUCAGUCAUUGGACGAUAUGCCAUUUGAGCCACAUUUUCAGUAUGACGAGCUAGAAAAGGCCAUUUAUAAGGCCAUCGGUAAUGAUCAGGAAUUAUUAAUCGAGCUGAAAAGUGUUGGGUUUUUUGGGUACCCCAAUAAAAAGUCAGUGCAGCCUUCCUAAACGCAGCUGGGAAAUUGGUAGCAGCAUAUAGAAAAUUGUUAAUUGUGAACUAUAUUUGCUUAAACCCUAAAAUACCAGUUAUUUAUUAAAGAACAUGCCGAAAAGAAAAUCAAUUUAAAUACCCACUUGAAAUAUGUUAAAUUCUUGAGAUUGUAGAAAAAAAUAUUAAAAAUGUAUAAAAUGUA